AUGGAUGUGCCUUGUUCGUACGGUAUUGUAGACCGAAGAACAAGGGAUUUCAUAAUCGUAAAUGCAGACAUUAGUGAUCGUAUGUAUACAAUACUUGACAUGACUCCAAGUGAAAGCCAGGAGGAUAUAUUGAAGGUGAAGAUCUCUAUUUCCUUUGAAGGUAUUGAUCUAGCCAUGGUGCUCGAUGAUGGCCUUGAAGAUAGCCUUGGUGAUGGCCCCCCUUACAAUAUUUUCCGGUUAACAUUCACACGGAAGAAUAACGGGUCCUUAGUCACUUCUGGAUACUUGGCUUAUACCGAAAGUGGUCAAGCGAUGGAUUAUGUUAUGGAAAAACGCAUGUAUGAAAAAUCUAAAUGGUUUGCGAAACUUGUGUUGUAUUGUGACAGUCUUCGUAAUGACCUUCCAAAGGCGAUUGAGAACGUUGUGGAGAAAAGUAGAUUUGUUAACGAGAAAGAAGCUCAGGAGGCAUGUGCAAUUUGUUGUGAAGAGUACCAAUCCGACUGUAUGAUUGGGACGCUGCGAUGCAAACAUAGUUAUCAUGAGGAAUGCAUCAAAAAAUGGCUGAAGAGGAAGAAAUCUAGUUGUCCACUUUGCAGGGGUAGUGCUUUCCUUUAUCAGUAG